AUGCGCUCGUCGUCGCUGUCGCCUGCGCAUCAAGACCUCCCCUCGUCGCCAGAGCCGACGGAGACAGAGACGACAUUGCCGGCACCACCAUCACUAGCCCCGCCAGUCGAGUCGACGUCCAAGAAACCUCGAAGCAAACACCAUUCACCGACACCGCCUCCGCAGCCGCCUCCUCCACCGCUCCAGACGAUUCGGCUCGAUAUCACGCUCGGCGGCCCAGCAGACUACGAAGUCGAUAUCGCAGCAAUGGCAUUGUGUGCAGGCCAGAGAGUCGAAACACCAGUGCCAGAAAACAAGGCGGAUACGAGUGAGAGCGAACCUGAGCCUGAACCGGAAGGAGAGUUGACUUCCUUGUUCAAGAGGAAAAAGAGAAAGAGCUAUGCACAGGAAUACUACGACACUAACGAUCCCUUUAUUGACGACUCGGAGCUUGCAAUCGACGAGCGCAAGUUUUUUGCUCAGACGAAACAGCGUGGAUUUUAUGUUUCUUCCGGUCAGGUUGCCUUGCUCAAGGAUACUCCCAAGGAAAAACCUCCGAUGAAACCGCGUUCCAAACUGGUGCCGAACCGUGAAACCAAAUCAGAGGAAGGCACGCGCGACUCUCCCAUUGCUCUCUACUCCGACUCUGAGAGCGCUGCUCAGGAUCCCUCACAGACAGCCCAGACGGGUCAGAAGCGGAAACGAUACAUCAGCGUCGUGGAGAACGGCAAGAAGCGCAAGGUCGUCGAUGUCACGUCUUUCGAUCCCAAGCUGCAAGAAGCCAUCGAUGAGCUCAAGGCUGCCAUCGCUGCGGAGGACUGGACGAACAAGGGCAAGUUCCCGCCAAACAUCAAGCCCAUCCUCGCCAAAGUCGCCCUCAAAGCCGUCGAGCUCAACGAGUACGAUGAUCAUUUCUUCAACCUCAUGCCCACCUUGUUCCCUUACAACAAGUUCACUAUGACCAAACUCAUCAAACGAACGAUAUUCGCAGACCACACAGCCAUGCUCGCCAAACGGCAGGAGGAUCUCCUGGAAGAACUAGCCAAGCAAGCCAAGGCAGGCUUCGCCAAGGCCGAGGAGGACUGGCAGCAUGCUGUAGUCGUAUGGGAUAGACGACAGGAGAAACAGCGGUUGGAAGCAUCGUCAGAGACGCCUGGGACGCGCCCGCCAACGGAGGAACGCGACCGGGAGGGAUCACCGCAUCCCCCAGGCGAGGGUGGGACUACGGAAAGCACCAAAGAGCCCCAGCCUCCGCACAAAAAGUACAGGAUGACGGAGAGCAUGAAGAAUAUCGUGUGGGAGCUCGUGUUGCUGAGCAAUGAGUGUUGUAGGCUCGAGAAUGAGAAGAAUCAACUGGAGGGUUCCAUCAUACAAGUGUCUGAGCAAGGUCUGAGAAAGGUGUUGUAUCAGAAGAUCGUUGCUGCCUAUCCAGAGGGGUGGAUGUCGAGUGGCCAGAUUAGUCGGGACGUAUCUGCCAUGAAGAAGAGGCUCGAGCGAGAGGCUAUGGAGACCGGUGAUUAG